UCCCGUCCCUAUCAAUCAUAAUCGCGCAAUUCUGUUCCUACCCCAGUACCAUUUUUCCUCUCACAAAGGUGAUGUCAUUAAAGCGACUCGUCUUGAUGGACGUCGGCAACGACGCCAACGUUUGGAUGAACUCGGACGUUGCCAACGAUUCGAAAGCCAGAACCAACGAAACGACGACAUUGCCCUGGAGUAGGAACGGACACCAAGUGGCCACCUAUGAAGACGACCAGGCGCUCCUUUCAGGAUGGUACAGAGUGGUUAGCUGGUUCCUUAGCUUCACCUUGUCUGAACCACAAGAUGCAUUGUUCCUGCGGAAGCUUCAGCCUGGUACGAGUUUAUUGGACGCAAUGGACCUAUACUUCCAGUUUGAGCCAAGGAUGUUCCUCAUGUACCUGAUCGGCGUCGUGUACAGCAUCAUGGGCAUUUUCGGUUGCGCUGCGUACGUGUACCUUCGGCGACAGGGAAGGCGUGAUGGAGAUCGACCUCAGGACCUUUCUUACAACGUCACCGCUCCUCUUCAACUUUCCACUGCCGUGCAGGCCCUAGUCAUGUCCUGCAUUAUGUUGGGGUACGUCAUCAUGCUAAUCAGUGUGUCAGAGAUCAAUAAGGUCUCCACCAAGAAUGGACACGCGGUCUACAUUAACCAAGUUCGGCAGUACAUCGAAAAUGCCUCGAAGAGCAUUCAGCUGAAUUGCGUCAGAAGAAAGGACACCUUUGAUGAACUCUACAACACAAUGCUUUAUGAUUUUGACACUGAGAUGUACGAAUAUGCGUUACGUAUUGUAGAGUACCAAACAAGGGACGUGCCAGAGUCGAGGGUUGUUUCUGCCUUACAACUGAUGAAUAAUGUCCGACCCCUGCGGCACCAAAAUAACCUCUCUCUGGCGAGUCAAUCUGCGGUACCGCGUACGAAGGAAGAGGUACGACAGUUCAUCACAAGGUUGGUAGUUCAACGCAUCCACGCGGUCCACAACUCCACCUUCAUUGAAGCUGCCGCCUUGGCUCACGAGACAUCAUUGAUAUUGGAAAGGUUCAUGGAGAUUUUGAAGUACGAUUCAAAAAUGACGAUACAGGGCAUUAUCCAUAUGGGCGAUGAGAUAAGCGAAGUCACCAUUCCCAACAUCCUAUCAUCGUUCGAGAUCAAAAGUGUCUACUACGCCGCAGCUACCACGGGCCUGUUCACUGUCCUCCUCAUAAUGGCGGCGGGGUACACUGGACUCAUGAUGAUUAUAUCUGUCGCUAUGUCGUUUCCGAUCAGCUCAGCGUUGAUGUUCGUGACAAGCUCUGUUAUGAUCUUGGCGACGACAGUUACCAUCUACGUCUGCAACCCGUAUAGUAAGAUCAUCCACGGUGAGGCUGACGUCACGCACGUGGCCCUUCUUGACGAUACAAUGUCCUACCUGUGGCCCGAGCAAAAGAGGGGAAAAUGGUUCGGCAAGUUUCUCGCGGGAACAGUUCUCGAGAAGUGCAACGGCGGCCGUCUUUUUGACGUCAUUCUCGAUGAUUUUGACGACGCCAUUAAUAAUUUCAUCAACCGAACGAAUAUCAUCCAGCAUUUGCUAGCAUCCUUGACGGUUGAUCCUCGACAGAUCCUGCAGGGCGACCCCCCUCAGAAGCCACAAGUAUAUUACGAGAACAUGAAGAUGCUAAUAUGGGACGACCUGGACGACGUACGUGGUCACAUGCUGGAAGGAUUCAUCAACAAACUGAUGCAUUCGAUCAGCCAGAGGGAUUUACAUCCUGUGAACCCACACUGUUACGCUGCAUACGAAGGAUAUGCGAUGGCUCUCAGACUCGUCUGCAGCGGUAUGAUCCGCAAUGCGAACGCUUUCUGGACCUCGCUUGGGUUGUGCCUAUGGUUGCUUCUUCUGAUGGGAAUUGUGACUGAUAACGCAUCCAAGUUCUUUAUCCGACCAAGUAGAAGUAGUGAAGUCGACGUGGAAGUAGGGGACGACCGCAGGGACGGCAACGACAGUCGCUGCCGCAACAAGGAAAGCAAUCGGAAGCAUCAGCGCGAUCGACAUCACGAUACCUCAGAUGCGCCAAGUAGAGACUGUCAUGUUGCUGGAGAACCAAUCCUUUUAUCAAGGCCAAUGGACGAGGAAGAAGAGGAAGACACCUGCACGAGACCGCUCGAGCACCGCGAGCCACUGUUCCUAGUGGUGGAAGAAGAAGAAGAAGGAGAAUAUUUUAGUCAUCCGUCGCAUUGGUUCUGUUACCUGUUGUGA